AUGGUUAAAAAACUGAAUAUAUUUCAAAUUGACAAGGUGGACGGGCAGCAAGAGGGAGAACAAGCACAUGCAAAGCACAACCCCUACAGCAAUAGCAGCAGUGGCGCGCAGCAAGCAGGAGGACAGCAGUCCACAUUGUCCAGGCACGAAGGCAAUAUGAAGGAAGCCUCAGCUCUCAAUCGGGUAUCUGGCGCGCUGGAUGAGUAUAUCGAAGCUGGGCUUGCCAGUCUGAGCGAUUUGCGCGAUCAAACGGCAACUCUCAAGGGCACUCAAGAACGACUCCGCGAUGUGGCCGUCAAGAUGGGCUUGAGCAGUGGGACAAUUCGCUUCAUUGAGCAACGGACGAAAGGCGCUCGUUACGUCUUUUAUGGUGGCUGCUUCCUGACACUCGUGGCAUUCUUUUCCAUUCUACGGUACUUUGGAUGA